GUCGGUGGCUAUUUAAGGCCGGGCCUGAAAGGAGCCUCCUCUUCCGGAAAAGAGAAGGCGGAGGAGGAAGGCUGGCUCCCUUCCUCCCAGGCGGAGUACCAUGAAUUACAUGCCGGGCACCGCGAGCCUCAUCCAAGACAUAGACAAGAAACAUUUAGUCCUCCUCCGAGAUGGCAGGACGCUAAUUGGAUAUUUACGAAGCAUCGAUCAAUUUGCUAAUUUGGUGUUGCACCAAACCGUGGAGCGCAUUCAUGUGGGGAAAAAGUAUGGGGAUAUCCCACGCGGCAUCUUUGUGGUGAGAGGCGAGAACGUCGUGCUCCUCGGGGAGAUUGACCUGGAAAAGGAAAGCGACACCCCUUUGCAGCAAGUCUCAAUAGAGGAGAUUCUGGAAAUACAACGGGUAGAGCAGCAAACCAAGCAGGAGUCAGAGAAGCUAAAAGUACAAGCGCUGAAGGAGCGGGGACUCUCCAUCCCACGGGCUGAUACUCUAGAUGAGUACUAAACCUCACAUCGGGACAGUUUGGCUGCCUGCAAGCAGUCUUCGCUUUGAAGGAGUUUUGUACUUUGUGGGAUGGACUACUUCUUUAUUUUGUUUUAUUUUAUUUUAUCUUUUUUUCCAUUGCUGAAUACAAUUUAAUCAUGAUGUAUUGUUUUUCUCAGAGCAACACCCUUGGUUUCCAAAGACCCUAAAAAUGACGGUGUUCUCAUGUAAAGAGUGCUGACCUGGGACAAAAAAUUUUUAAGUUGAACUUUUUUUUGUUAUGCCUAUUUAAUGGAGGGAGGAAGUGGAAGAAUAACCCUCCUUGGCUCAUCAUGUGAAUAAAAGCUGACUCUUGAA